UGAAAAUUAGUAAUUAUGGGGUCCUCAUCUUCGGCAUCGCCUAAAACUGUUGAUGCAGUUAAUUCUUUGAUUCAGAAGAAUAAAGUCUUGGUAUUUUCUAAAUCUUAUUGUCCGUACUGUACAGAUGCCAAGAAUGUGUUCACUAGAAUGAAUGUGCAACCAAAAGUAGUUGAGUUAGAUCAAGCUUCUAAUGGUUCAGAAAUACAGAGCGCUUUGUACCAGAUUACUUCACAGCGUACUGUUCCUAACAUAUUCAUAAACUCCAAACAUGUUGGAGGAUGUGACGAUUUAAAAGCCAAGGCUAGAAGUGGGGUAGUCCAAGAUUUACUAAAAGAAGCAGGUGUCGAGUAUAUUUAA